GAGAGAGAAACUCCUGCUUCUCUCUAGGUUUUUCAUUUCUUAUUCAUUUCUUCUUUAAUAUUCUUCGUUUUUCUUGGAUUAGAUCUGAUUUCUUUUGGAAUUUCUUGCUCUAAUCUUCAUUCUUUUCCAGUAUGACUACAGAUCAGAGACUGAUUCCACCAAAGCCUCCUGAUAUCGUUAGAAAUUUUGCUUCCCUUUUUAAAAACCCUUUAAGUUCUUCAGAACCUUUUGGGUUGGGUAAUCCAUCUGAGAUGCUUGCAGGUCCUUCUAAUUCUUCUAAGGAACGUGGAGAUAUUUCUAGUAUGCCCCCUGUUUCGUUUGAUCCAGUGAAACCAGCGAAGAGAGUUGUCUUCAACAACGGAGAACCAGGUAUGUACUGGUCUCCCGAUGAAACUCUUGAGCUCUCUAAGGGUUUCAGCCAGACCUUAAUCGGUAAAUGUGCGUAUGGUAAGCCGUCAUUGGGGGUAAUAAGGGAGUUUAUCACUUCUCGGUGGCUUCCUAAGGGUGAUUUCUAUGUAGGAAUUCUAGAUCCCAGACAUAUCCUUAUUAGAUUUGCCCUAUAUGAGGAUUAUGUUAAGACAUGGAUGAAGGAUGCAAAGUAAAGGGUUUUCUGUUUAGAUUUUUCAAAUGGUUCCCGGAGUUUAUGCCUGGGAUUGAGCCCCUGUAGCACCGGUUUGGGUUUCAUUACUUAGUCUUCCAAUUCACUUGUUUAAUAGGGAGAGCCUAAGGGAUGUUUUGAGCCCUGUUGGGCGUAUCUUGGUAAUUGAUAACUCUACUUUGCAGUUAACAAGACCUGGAUGUGCUCGAGUAUGUGUUGAGGUCAAUUUGCUGGUAAACAAUCCCAGACGCUUUUGGCUUGAUAUGGGAGGUUCAAGUGGUAGGUGGCAGCGACAAGUAUAUGAAAAGGAUGUGAGAUUCUGUUCUGUGUGUUUGAAGCAGGGUCAUGAUGACUCUCUUUGUUGCAAAAAGGGUAAGGAGAAGGAGAGUGUUAAUGUUGGGAGGGUGGAAGUUCCUUUGGGUCUGAGGGAAAAGGAGAAAGGUAAGAAGCCUAUGUCUGGGAAUGAGUCUGAUAUUUUUGUGAAGGCUAAGUCGAUUUCCAUGGCUCAAAAUACAAGUAAGCAGUUGAAGGAUUUCAAAAAGAAAGAGGUGGAACAGACUAAUAAAUUCUCUGUUUUGAAUAUGGUGGAGGAGGAAGGACCUGUUAUGGGGGAUAAUUUUGUUUCUGUAGAUGGGGAGAGGUUAUCUAAAUUUGCUGAGUUGAAUGUGGAGAAGCAGGGGAUUUCUGCUGGUGAAGGUGUGGUUUUUACUGUUGAUCCAAUUCAUGUUGCAGAGGAAGUUAUUGGUGAGAUUUUAGAUGGAAUUGCAGAGAAGGUUGUUGAGGGUGGAAAUUUGUUGAGUCCAGACCAGUCUGUUGGUGGAGUUGGUUUUGGGGAACUACAGUCUAUUCCUUUGGGACCAGUAACUCAAAGGGAUCAGACUGGUUCUUUGGAUAGUGCUCAGGGUAUAAAUAGGGGUUUGGAUCCAGUAUGUGAUUUGAAUGUGGGAGAUGGACAGAGAAGCUUGCAAAAAGGUGAUUCUGGGAAUGUGGAUGGGAGUAAUGAACAUUGUGGUUUUAAUAAGCAGUUUUCUUCCUUUUAUCUGGAGCGUUUUGCUGGUAAAAGUGGUGCUUCUGUCUCUAUUGACGAUGAGAGAGGAUUAAUUAGACAUCGAGAACCUCCAGACAAGGGGUACUAUUCUGAUACAGGAAGUACGAUGAAGAGUAAGGAAUUAAUGGGUAGAGUUGUGAUGGAUAGUGAGGAUUCAGACUCAGAUUCAGCCUCUGUGGAAUUUUCUUCUGCAGAAGUGGAGAUGAGGAUGGAAACAAGGGGUACAGCUAUUGCUUCUCUUCAUGAUUGAUUAGUUAAUCUGGGAGAUGCAAGGGAUAGGACAUUGUGGUUUCUCUCUUCUUAUGCUGGAGUUGUGGUCUUCAGGCUUUCAGUCAGUGAUACUCUUUGUUUUUCCUUAUGGUUAAUGUUUUGAUUUGGAAUAUGAGAGGGAUAGGCAAGUUGGUCAAGAGAAGACAUUUAAAGAAAUUAAUCAGGAUUCAUGGGAUUUCUUUGGCUGCUAUUUUAGAGCCUAAAGUUGGUCGCGAUAAAAUUCAAGGUUUUGCUUCUAGUUUAAAUAUGCCUCAUUUUGCUGUCAACAGUAUGGCUGAGAAGAAUAUUUGGAUCGUAUGGGAUGAUAGAUUGGAGGUGAAGACUGUGUUUGAACAUCCUCAAGUAAUUACGGUGGAGGUGUCUUAUUUAAGGUCUAAGGCUGUCUUGGUUUCUUUGGUUUAAGCAUGCUGUGAUAGUGUUCUUAGAAGGUCUCUAUGGGAGCAUUUGUUGGAAUUAAAUGUUCCUUCAGAUGUUCCAUGGAUGGUUGGUGGUGAUUUUAAUACUGUUUUAUGCUCUGAGGAGAGGCUGGGAGGUUCUCCCCCUUCGUCUGUGGCAAUGGGUGAUUUCAAUGAUUUUAUGUUGGGUGCGGGCUUGAUGGAUGCUGGUUUUAUGGGGAGUAGAUUCACGUGGUGUAACAACUGCCAGGGA